GGGGCGUGGUCGAGUGGGACGCCAUUCGCAGGGUGUGGUCCAACCUUCCCGACAUAUUCUGGUUCCUGAUUAUGUGGGGGAUGACCAUGAGCCCGCUGACACCAGACCAGCAGAUUCAUUUACUGAAAGGUUUUGGACCUAGAGUCAAAUUUCCCUUUGUCCGCAUCAUUUUGGAUCAGCUAUGGCCCGCCAGUCUGUGGCAUUUUGGACGCGCACGGAAGAUCACAAAAACGGUCCUUGUAUCUGUCGCUGUUGGGAUAUCGCAAAUGCACAAAUGUUCUUAUAAUAAUAAGCACGUGAUAAGGGGGGUUUGAGGGCAUGCUUUCUCCUGGGGACUUUCAACUCCUGCAUUUUCCCCAAGCUUUAUAAACGACAAUUCUUCAGGGGAAGAUCCCUAUAAAUUACUUCAGGAAUAGCGCUCCUACUCAAACCGCAUGUCCGCUGCUAUAAAAAUCAAGUACCACUGCCAGCUGGGACGAAAUAACCAAGGGAAAAUGGUCAGCUAAAUGGGUAAACGAAUCCAAGCUCAAAGUUGUAGCCUGAGGCAUUUACCACCUGUAUUACUACGCGACCACCGGAACUCGAUCGGCGAUUGGAGAAUCGCCAAUUCCAGCGGUAGCGUAGCAAUUCAUACUGUGGUAACCGUGAUAUAUUCUUUCUGUAUUUUAGGUACAAAUUUUUUUUGGAUAUUUGGGGGGGAGGUGUGGGUAAAUUUUGCUCUCUCAAAGCUGUUGUUAUAAAUACCACUGGAUUUACUAGUGACUAUAGCUAAUAUCAUACAUUUAUCAUUGCUUUGAGCACAUACAUGUGUGACCGGGUGGUAUUUUGGGUUAUUUUAGAUUUUGCAAAGAUUUUAAGCGAUUUUUGGAUUGCGAUUAUAAUUGUUUUACGUAUUUUACGGAUUUUUUCUCAAACGUGAUUCUAAUUCGAUCCGUACACUUUUAGGAAUUUACUUUCAACAUGUUUCAAAUUCCUUUAGAUUAGUAUCAAAAGCUUGAUAGUGCUAAUUGAAUCAAGUAAGCGUCCUUUUACCAUUUCCCAGGAAGAUUAGUUUCUAAAUUUGACAGGACAAUGGACGCUGAGUAAUUUGAACGGUAGUAAAUGUUAGCGUCCCUAGAAAAAUGCGCGUCCCCAAGCGAGUAUAAAAGCGACUGUUUUUACAGUAUUAGUUAUUUUUUUUUUAGUUUAGUACCGUUGAGCAAAGGAGACGCAUUGCUUGCGCGGCGUGAUGCGGAAGCGAGAUAUGAAGUUGCUCAGGGAAGACAGUCAGCAGAGAUAAGCUACAAGCUUAGAGCGCUGUCCGUACAGGCCAGUCAUGCCAGUUGUGUUCAGUUUGAUUCACCGGUUGUAAGUACUUUGUUAUUAAAACUAGCCUUUGGUUUAGGUUACCUUUUCUCGGGAUUUGGCUAUGUUUGUUAUCACUUAAAAUAUAUUAUUUAAUUUGUUAAUAAAUCCUUAUAAGUCCAUGCCUUGCAUCAUGUAUUCGUUCUCACGUUGCCUUUCGCUCGAUCGUUUUCGUUUCAUUCCAUUUAAUUUUGCCUACUUUUUGGCAGAACCUGAUAGUUUUGCCUUCAGUAUUGCAUUUGUUUCUACAUUUUUCGUAACCGCACGGUAAAUGUCAAGUUCCGACGGUUACACAUGCAUGCAAAUACUUUUUUUCUGUAAUAAUUCCAGAUUUUUUUUGGCAAAAAUUCAUAAGAAUCCAAGAUGGCGGAUCCAACAUGACAGACCUAAGAAGAUGGCGGAAAUUCUUACCAGAAAAAGGAUUAUAAACGUUUUUAUGGCCUUUUUGCAUUGUGUAGCCGUUAAAAGGUUUAUUCUGACAUAUCUCAAUGAUGUAAAAUGAUUUAAACCUUAUAUUUGAUAAUAUAGGCAAAAUUUGAAAUAAUAGCUUAAGAUUGUAUUCAUCUUUAUCUGUACUCUAUAUCCACCCCACGGAAAAUAUUAUCAUCAAUAUAGCAGAUUUUACUGUUGGAUGAUUGAAAAUGUAAUUCAAGUGGAUUUAGUUCGAAAAUUAAAAAUACACCACCAAUUUUUUUCGGCAGUAAAAGAUUCGUAGCACUAACCCAGAGACUUAAACUAUCGGCUGAUUCCUUUGGAGUCUCCUCAGCUGGUGCCUCAUCUUGCGCAGGCGCGGUAUCUUGUUCUACUGGGGCCUCGCUUGCAGGCUGGUCUGUCGGAGCGUCUGGCCCAGUGUCUGCGGGUGGGCCGCCAUCUUCUGCUGGUUGGUUUUCUGUGAAGCAAACGAAGGAAUGAAGUCAGUGCCUCAUCAACGGACGGCAUCAAGAUGAUGACAAGGACCCUGACUAUUUGGUCCUCUAUGUAUUGAUUUGUAGCUUGCUUUCUUUCGCUUCUCCCCCACCCCCCCUUAAGAAUUGUUUGCCAAACAGUUUACGGCUCCUCUGAUAUUGAAGCUUGAAGGUAACGUCACAGAAACUGAAAUAAAAUCAUUAAAAAAAUCUGUGAGAAGCGCACAUUCUGAAAUACAACAUUUAGUUCUAUUUACUUUUAUUACAGCCUCAUGAAUAUCACCAAUAUCUUGAUAUGAUGUAUUUUCGGCGGCAAACAGGCCUCAAAAUUUUAUUUUUGUCAAUCGAAAACUAUUCUAUCAAAAAUAGUUUUAGCGAAGAAAAACAAAGUUUAUUUCUUUUCAUAAACAGCACGACUAAACUAUUGUGUAUGACCAUGCGCGCAGAUGCUGACCAACAUCCGACGAUUGCAGGCUCUUCUUAGGGGAAACCACUAUAACUGUGUUACCCUUAUUCUUGUCAUUCCACGCCAUUAUGUAUAUUCUACUUUUUUCUCCCCUUUAGAUCCUCUCUCCACUGACAACAAUCCCCUACCCCUCCCCCCUUUUUUUCAUCCACCCACCCUAGAUGCCAUGGUACGAAGACCCGCUUUUAACCAAAAACAACCGCAUCACUUUCCCGGACACUCCUUAUAGUCCAACUCCACUUACUGUAGCAUUAUCCCCAUAUUUACCCUCCAGUCCUUACCCCUGCCACGCACCUCUACCCGUAUCACAACCAUUAUCCCCCUAUAUGUCCCCCUUCUCCCCAGGUGCCAUGUUACUAGUACCCGCUUUUAACCAAAACCCCAUAGCGCGUGAUUUAGACCUGCAAAGAUGUCUGGUUGUGUUUUUCUCUUGCUCGUAAUCCUAUGCACGUCUUCAGAAUGUCUAAGUGAUUAAAUAAAGUGUGUUUUUUUUUCUUCUUUCCUUCUUUCGUUUUUAGAGCAAGCUACCAACAUACUAACAGCAAUGUUUCAUUUAUAGAAUUUAUGUGUUUACAUGACUUGGGAGGCACAAUUCCGGCCCUGUCCUUGAGGAACUAAUUUAAGCAGAUGAAUUGCAAAUUUCAUAUGGAAUAAAAGAAUGGAUUACCAUAAUGACUUUCACCUCGUAAUUAUGCUGAAAACUGACACAAAACAAGUAAAGUUUAAGGUGCUUUUCAAUUUUGCCAGUAUAGACGUUAACAAAUAAUGAAAUUAUUAGUAUCUGUGCACAACAUGGUGGCGUCAUUUGUGUGGUUUUAUUACUCGAUAUUCCAUAAUAAUGAAAUAUUCAAUAUUCACGAGAAGUAUCUAAGUGUUUAUUUAGGCGACAAUAUCUCUAAAAAUAUUUGUCCGAUUUCUGGGAAAUGAAAGGGUUGUUUAGAGGAGGGUAUGAUAAUUGUAUGUGAAUAUAUUAUCAUGGCCGGACGCUACUUUGGGAGCUCUACAAUUUUUAUUCUUUUUUUACUUUUUACCGUAUCCAUUAAGACCCAGAAGUCAUCAACUAGUCUCCUAAAACGUUCCUCUGUACUAAUAUGUUAUGGCUUGGACAGGAAAGACUUUCCUGGUCGAAAUUCCUUGGUCAAGCGAUUUCCACGUGCUUCGCCUACGUCGCCAUAUUUGAAAUCUUUGGCUGGACUUCAGUUGUCCUACACCUUCCUCUGUGCUUCAUAUCUGCUACUUUUAGCGGGGGAUAUUAGCACCAACCCAGGGCCGAGGAAGGCAAUUGAAUUAUGUGGUGUGUGUGGAAAAGGAUGUCGCUCAACGCAGAAAGCUAUUGAAUGUGAGGAAUGUGAGAAAUGGUUUCACGCAAAAUGCGUAAGGAUAAGUAACAUGGAGUUUAAGGACUACGCUAAGAACCCAUCACUUUACUGGGCUUGUUCCACAUGCAUAUUUCCCGGUGAAAUUUCCAUCAACGAAACAACUUUUGAGUUACCAUCUGAAGGAACAGGUAAUUCUCCUGCGGACGACGACCCGUUACAAGAUAGGAAUCUGAUGGGUAAUAUACAACUAGAUCCUGUUGAACCUGGCGCGGAAGGCAUUCCUGAGAAUACUGAACUGGAACGUUUAAGGAAUCAACACAAAAAGGAGCUGCUUAUCGCGCAUUUGAAUAUAAACAGUAUCCAAAACAAAUUUGAGGAGCUUUGUAAAAUUAUCAAGGAUCUGCAAAUACAUGUGAUGUUCAUCAGCGAAACAAAGAUUGAUUCUAGUUACCCCGAUUCUCAGUUUAGUAUGGCGGGAUACUCUCUCUAUCGUAACGAUCGUAAAAAAGGAGGUGGUGGCAUCAUGGCCUUAAUAUCGACAGCGCUUGUCAAAAAGAGACUUAAAAUUAAUAAGAAUUACAAAACUGUGGAAACCCUGGCUUUUGAAAUCAAAACAAAUAAAGGCAAUAUGGUAAUUCUGGUAAUUUAUAGACCACCGACAUUGUUGUGUGGAAACUACCGACUGGAGCUGGAAAAUGAACUUAGCUAA